AUGGUGGCUGCGGCUGGGCUACACACGCUCCAGAGGCUGGCUGACUACCGGGAUCCUCCACAGUCACGAGCCCGCGCCAGGACGUCUCCCGCUCAAUCCACGGUCGCCCGGCAGACCGAAGCAGCCACCUCCCGUGCCGCCCGCCGCGCCAACCCGGCGCCCGCGCCAGCCAGCGCCCGCGGACACGAGAAAGACACAGCGCCAGCGAGUCACAGGACAGAAACUCGCCCGCGAGGGCCAGGAACAGGCCCAGAGACAGAGCCAGAAAAGCCAGAAAAGAAGACCGAGGAGCCAGGCAGACACGCUAAAGAGGACAAGAAAGAAAAGAGCAGACGACAGCCAGAAAAUGUCUGUGAUCUCACACUGGACCUCAACACAGUAAACAGACUCCUCUCUCUGUCUGAGGAGAACAGAAAGGUGACACGUAGGAGAGAGAAGCAGCCGUAUCCUGAUCACCCAGAGAGAUUUGAGGACUGUGGACAGGUGCUGUGUAGAGAGGGUCUGACUGGGCGCUGUUACUGGGAGGUACAGUGGAGUGUGAGAAGGGCUGAUAUAGGAGUGACAUAUAAAGGAAUCAGCAGGAGAGGAGAGCUUAAGGACUGUGGUCUUGGAUACAAUGACAAGUCCUGGAGUCUGGACUGCUCUGACUACAGUUACAUUGCCUGUCACAAUAAUAGUUCCACUACCAUAGACGUCCCCUCCUCCAGCUCCCACAGAGUAGGAGUGUAUCUGGACUGGCCAGCCGGCACUCUGUCCUUCUAUAGAGCCUCCUCUGACACACUGACCCACCUGUACACAUUCACCUCCACAUUCACUGAGCCCCUCUAUCCAGGGUUUAGGGUUUGGUAUGACUCCUCAGUGUCCCUGUGUCAGGUGGUCUCUGUGUCAAACACAACAUGAUGUUUCACUCUAAUCAGGGUCAUGUUCAGUCAGACACACUGGAGCAACAAUGUAGAAUAUCUCUCUAGUGUGUAAACAUAUGAUAGUAAAUAUUCAUGAAUAAACACCAUUGAAGUUGACAGACAUUGUCAUCUAGAGUCAUUCAUUAAUAGAAUGAAUCACCACACUGUGUUGUUAAAACUGGUUUCAUUUACAAAUCAUUGAUCUCGUUGGUUUUUUACCCCUUUUUCUCCACAAUU